CGUGCGCGCGCCUUCCGUGUCGGAUUCGUUCGCUGACAGCCAGCGGUGCGAAUUGGACUCGUCAACGGCUAGCGAUCCACACCUCGCGCUGUAUCAACCACAUUUUAUUCUGCUUAUCGUUUUUCAUCUCAGUCAGCGCCGUUAUAUUCCUCCAAAAUGAAUCCACUGUGUGGCAGAUGUAACCGAGUGGUGUAUCCCACCGAAAAAGUGAAUUGUCUUGACAAGUUCUGGCAUAAAGGAUGCUUUAGCUGUGAAGUUUGUAAGAUGACUCUAAACAUGAAGAACUAUAAAGGCUUUGAGAAGAGACCAUACUGUAAUGCACACUAUCCGAAGACAUCAUUCACCAGUGUUGCAGACACUCCAGAGAACCUGCGCCUUAAACAGCAGAGCAAGAUGCAGAGCCAGGUGCUCUAUAAGGAGGAAUUUGAGAAGAGCAAAGGAAAAGGCUUUAGUGUUGUGGCUGACACACCAGAGAUGCAGAGAAUCAAGAAAACACAAGACCAAAUCAGCAACAUUAAAUACCAUGAGGAUUUUGAGAAGAGCCGAAUGGGUGGCGAUGCCCCACCUCACCACCCACCUCACCACCCACAGACACCUCAACAAAUCACAACUCCAGCAUAUCAGCCCCCAGCAGCAUCUGAGAACUAUCACUAUGAGCCUGAGCCUGUGCGUCAGGCUGCUGCUGCCCCUCCUCCCAGUUCUGGGAAGCGCUACCGAGCAGUGUACGACUACACUGCAGCUGAUGAAGAUGAGGUGUCGUUCCAGGACGGUGACAUGAUUCUGGAUGUGCAACAAAUUGAUGAGGGAUGGAUGUAUGGAAGAGUGGAGCGUACCGGCCAGCAAGGGAUGCUGCCGGCUAACUACGUAGAGGCCAUCUGAAAAUUAGGGGGGGGGGGGGGGUAUGGGGCUGAUUAGAGAGACGCAGAUCAUGAGCCGAGUGCCAUCUCGCCUUUCAAGAUGAUCUCAUCUUUUUCUUCUCUAUUCCUGCACUAACUGUCCUACCAGGGGAUCAACCCCUAUAAUCCAAUUAUAAUCCAAAACAAACAGUAACCACAUACAUUAUAUAAUCAGACACACCUACAUUACACACACACACACGUAAAUGGUGAAUUACAAUUUGUGACUUUUCCCCAUAUCUUUCUCUCUGUAUGCACCUCCCUAUCUAAAGCUUUUGUUGCCUGUCUGUCUGUUCGUCUGUCUGACUGUUUGUCUAUUAUUAAGUGUUUCCUCAGUCCUGGAAAGGUGCUGUCACAAGUGGCACUUAAGUCUUAAUACGACUCUCGCGUGUGUGCACACAAACAGAAAACACAUAACCACACAGGCCUUUCAAAUAUUUAGGGCCUGCUAUAGAGCACUUCGCAGACAUCUCAAACACUUUUCUAUCAGUUGCCAUGACAGUAAGUGAAAGAAUCUGGUCCAAACCUCAGUUGUCAAAUCUUUUAACUUUUUUGUUUAUCUUUUUUGCAGCCUGUAAUUGUAAUGUAUUCAGUACAGUUUUACAUCUCAUUGGUUGUGGGUCUGUAACACUGCUUGAACAUGAGAUUUCUGGUCAUUCCAAUCAUUCCAUAUGUCUGACCAUUUGCAUCAUGUAGUGAAACUGGAAUCUAAAAAGGCUCCUCUUUUUCAACUCUUAAACAUUAUGAAAGGGGUGGUGCCUUUUUGUUAUGACUUGCAUAUUCACUGAAGCUUCUCCUUCACAAUUCCUCCUCCUCUUUACAGAAUCUUCUUCUUUCGGCUGCUUCCGUUAAGGGUCGCCACAGCAGACCAUCCGUGAUCCGCAUAUUUGACUUGGCACAGGUUUUUCGCCAGAUGCUGCUCUUUACAGAAUGAAUUCAAAUAUAUGAGCCUAUUUUUGUUCUGCUGCUCCUGCUUUUUAAAAUGACGGGGAAGUUGUGAAGUGAUGUACCUUACUCUUUAUAAAGGGGAAAAAACUAUAUAGUCACUUAGCGAGAGAGGAGCAGAACCACAUUGUAGUACAGCGAGAGGAAAGAGCCCAAGCACAAUUCUAAGGACAUUUUUUAUUUUAUUUUAAUCAUUCCAUUGGUUCUGUUCCAUUUUGGUUCUGGAGCAUUCCAUGUGCAUAGUAUGAAACUGUAUCUCAGAACUGUUCUGUAAAAUGUGUUAUUGUUUUUGUUUUUCCUCAUAUCAUGCUUAUUCUCAUUGCCUUGCUGGUAUUGUAUGAGGCAGAAUUUUUAUGUCAAUUUAUCAAUAUCAGUGGAAUAAAACAAAUCUAUUUGUAUACCAAGGCAGGUGGGUUUGUCAAACAGAAGGAAGGAAUAGUUAAUGGAAUUAGAAUGUUUUAGAGGCUAGCAUGUAUUUGUCUUUCUAACUGGAAACAAAUGCAGUCUUUACAUGUUGCUGUGCUAAAGACUAAUGAGAUUCUACUGAUCAUUGUUCUCUUAAAUGCCAAAAUAUAGAUGCAGAGAAUGAUCAAAACAAGCAGUGUUUUGUGUUUUCAAGACGCUAUUCUCACUGUUGUAACUUCAAAGGACAAUGUAAUAUGUUGGGUCACUAAUUGUUUCUGGGGAAAGAAAUAUUCUGAGGAAUUUCAUUAAUAUCUGAUAACAUUUGAUGACCAAUCAUUCACAACAUCCUAGUGUACUAAGAACAGACCAAAAUAUAACUCUUGACACCAGCAGCUUGUCAAUCAUGAUUUUAAGCAUUAGGAAGUGUAAUUGAGCUUGAAAGCAUGAUCAUGCCCAGAGGCUGCAAGGGCAAGAUGUACAGUAAAACAUUAGUUAUUAGUCUGUUCUCACAAAAAAAAUCUAUUAGGUCGCUUCACAAGACAUGAAUAAAACAACUGGAGUCUAAUA